CGGAAGUGAGCAGUUAUUGGAGCUCAUUUCAUUCUGUCCGAGCUGACACCAUGAGCCCAGAGAGACUGUCCCAGCCCUGCCCGGAGUACCUGGCCCAGAGACAUGUCUUAACAUACAUUGAGGAUGCCCUGGCUCAACUGUUGGAGAACAAAGACGACUUGGAGCAGGGAAGCAUCCCAAGGUUCUUCUCAGAGUAUUUUACAAGUGUUUCUCGAGGGACUCAUGUCCUCUUCAGAGAGUUCGACUUUGUUCAGAUCACCCCACACAACAGAGUCUCUUUCCUUCGGCUUUUCUGGAAAUGCUUCAGGACCAUUGCUAGGAAUGGAGACCUCCUGACGGUGAAGGAGUACCAUAGUUUGCUGCAGAUGCUGUGCCCAGACUUUCCCUUGGAUAUGACUCAGAAAGCUUCAAGGAUUGUCCUGAUGGACGAUGCAAUGGACUGUCUGAUGUCAUUUUCCGACUUCAUCUAUGCAUGCCAGAUUCAGUUUUAUUACUCCGAAUUCUUGGAUAGCGCCGCUGCUCUUUAUCAGGAUCUGCUCACCGGCAAAAAUGCAAACACAGUCAUAGUCCCAACAUCACGUUCUGCAGUCUCCCGACUGCGCCAGCCACCCAACGAAAGCAGCUCCCCUGAUGGCGUGGAGGCUGCUCAGUUUUACCAGUGCCUGGAAAGUCUGUGUGAGAAAUACAAGCACAACUAUCCUCCGCUUACAUUAAUUGCCGAGGUCCUGAGCAGUGCUCCAAGACUUACUUUCUAUGGCUUCCUGAUGGCCCUGGCAAAGCAUCCUGGGAUUAACCAAACCAUUGGUGCUCUACCCAAUAAAUCGGAUUUGCUAGUUGAUGAGAUGAUGGAUAAAGAGCUAGACAAAAUAGUCGCCCAACUCUCUGCCAGCUCCAUCACCCAACCCCCAAAUACCUGCACCAUCCCAUCCCGAGAUUUAGCUCGUGUUGCCUCCCCACGGAAGACCUUGCCAGCCCGCAGGCGACCAGACCUGGAGAGCGAUGGCUCCACCGAAGAGACUGAUUCAUCCUCGAACUAAACACAUGCAGUGGUGAUCAGCAAAUUGAAAUUCACGUCUGUACUUAAUCUAGAGAUAAUCAGGUCUUUUCACUAAACUUCUGCAGUAUUCCUCUAAUUAAAUGUUUUACCUGCAAUUCUACCAUUGGCAGAUUCUUUCCUAGUGAGUGGUGUCCACUUCCUGAUGUGUCUAGUGUACACCAGAAAUCUCAAACUCUGACCCCAUCCAAAUCUUGCUGAAAUCCAACUCCCAUGAGUUGCUGCCCAU